AUGUUGGCAGGAAACCUUUCUCCCACGGCAGAUUGGAAUCUCCUCCAUGACAGGUUCUACUGCAAGCAGGAAACCUAUCUCAUGCUCUGGAAGGAUAUGGACCUCUCCAAGUUUAUCGUUGCUGCCGCUCCUUAUGGCGGUCCAAUAGCCAUGAUACGAGACGAUAAAAAGAUUCUAUCGCUGCAAAAUCAAACAAUAAAGCCGGUUAUGCACAUUUACACAUCCUCUGGGAAGCUCAUCAAUCAAUUCCAGUGGGAUAAAGGUCGAAUCGUGGGCAUGGGAUGGACAAACACUGAACACUUGAUAUGCAUUCUCGAGUAUGGCGCUGUCAGAGUGUAUGAUAUACACGGGGAGUUUAUUCAAUUCUCACUGGGACAGGACGCCAAAGAGUAUGGAGUACUAGAAUGCCAAUUGUGGGAAACGGGCCUGGUGGUUCUUACUGGGAACUAUAAGCUGAUAGCGGUGACAGACUUGGAGGAACCAAGGCCCAAGCAACUAGCAGAUCCUGGUCUACAUCAGGCACCACAUUCGUGGACCAUCAUACCUCCAGAAUUCACGUUGAGCAAACAUUUAGAAGUCAUCGUUGCUGUAAAUGCCACGGUCAUGGUUGUUGAUGCCUCAAGUGUUCAAGAUCAGAUGUUGUCUCAAGGACCAUUCAGUGGCAUGUCGGUAUCGCCUAACGGAAAGUUCUUGGCUCUGUUCACAACAGACGGACGGCUUUGGGUAGUCUCCACUGACUUCCAAAAGAAUCUUGCCGAGUUUUCUACCAAUUCAAGUACGCCACCGGUGCAGAUGACCUGGUGCGGGACAGAUGCUGUAGUGCUUCAUUGGCCGGACACAGUGCUUAUGGUGGGUCCUUUUGGAGACUGGAUCAAGUAUUCAUAUGAAGGGAUCGUGCACCUGGUACCAGAAGUUGACGGCGUCCGCAUCAUCAGUGACGAGAGAUGCGAGUUUCUGCAACGUGUGCCAACUGCGAUUGAGGACAUUUUCAAGAUUGGUUCUACUGCCCCUGGCGCGAUUCUGUUUGAUGCCUUGGAGCAUUUUGAGAAAAAAAGCCCUCGCGCCGACGAAAACAUUCGCAACAUCAAACCCGAACUAACGGAAGCCGUUGAUAGCUGCAUAGAGGCCGCUGGCCAUGAGUUGCAUACCGGACGGCAACGGGCUUUACUUCGGGCGGCUAGUUUUGGUAAAUGCUUUGUGGACUCUUAUAAUGCAAACAGAUUCGUCACCAUGUGUCAGACGUUGCGCGUCCUCAACGCUGUAAGACACUACGAAAUUGGCAUACCCCUCACCUACUCACAAUAUAUGCGAUUAACGCCUCAAGUAUUGAUCAACCGAUUAACCAACCGACACCAUCAUUUGCUUGCGCUCCGCAUUUGCGAGUAUUUGGGAAUGAAUCGGGACAGAGUUUUGAUCCAUUGGGCCUGCGCAAAAAUUAAAGUUUCUGUCGACGACGAAGAGACACUUUGCCGCUUGAUUGUAGAGAAGCUGGGGGGCCGAGAUUCGGGUAUCUCAUAUACGGAGGUAGCCAAAACCGCAUAUGAAACUGGACAGACUAGGCUUGCCACCAAGCUUCUAGAUUACGAACCACAAGCAGCAAACCAAGUACCUCUCCUGAUGAGUAUGCAGGAAGACGAGCUUGCAAUGAUCAAAGCCAUCGAAAGCGGUGAUACCGAUCUUGUCUACCUCGUCAUGCUUCAUUUAAAGCGCAAACUCCCGCCCGCGGAUUUUUUCCGCAUCAUCAACGGCAAGCCGCUCGCAUCUAGUCUUUUGGAAUGUUACAGUAGAGAACAGGACCGGCAGCUUUUGCGCGACUUUUAUUAUCAGGAUGAUCGAAGGGUCGAGAGUGCGAAUGCGGUCGUGGUGGAAGGUUAUGAAAGUGGUGACAUAACAGAGCGCAUCAAUAAAUUCAAGGUUGCUACAAAACUCUAUCAAGAUGAUAAAGAGCAUCUCUUUGAAGCAAAGGCCACCGAUGAUCAAGUCAAACUCUUGAAUCUGCAAACAACCCUAGAACGGGAUACCGCCCACACGUUCUUGGACCUAACAAUCAGCGAGACGAUAUCAAAGUUGUUAAUUUUAGGACAUGGGAAUAGGGCCGCAAAGGUCAAGGCGGAUUUCAAGGUGCCGGAGAAAAGGUUUUGGUGGCUCAAGGUUAAGGCGCUUGUGCAGUCCAGCAACUGGGACGGGCUAGAAAAGUUUGCUAAAACCACCACAAAGUACGGAUACACUGGUAUCGUCGAUACUCUUCUUCGGGCCAAUACUCCGGCUGCAACAGCUCAAGCACAGAAAUACGUCCAAAUGAUGGUGAAAGCGGGGGGGCAGCAGGAAAAGGACGCACAACAGUUUAUAGACAUAUUAACACGAAGUAGUAGUGCGGGGGGUUUAAGUUUGGGAAGUUCUAGACGGGGUUCGUUGCGUACUUGAAUAUUGCAGAUGUUGCAGCGACUGGAGAUUUACCCUCUUCCCUAUUCGUCGGCCCGUUGGAAACUCAAUCUUCGACUAUACCAUCCCCACCGCCUCCUCCGGCGCCGAGUGGGAAAAAUACGGACAGAUCUAGCGAUUUGUCGACAUCGAAUUGUUCUUGGGUUGUUCGUUCUGGGAUGGGGAGCUCGAGGUGAUGGGCCGGCAGCGGUUUAUUGAAAAAGUAGGGUUCCAGCAGGGCCUGUUUGUAGCAAUGCCAUAUUGGUGUUAGCAUUCUCAGUAGAGUAGAACCGAACCGUGACUAGCAAUGCUGACCUCUUUUGCUGGGAUACGGUUUUUGCAAGAAUACACGAGAAACUUUUUCAAUAGUCCUACA